AUCUUUCUUCAAUUUUGUUUCAACUUUACUGCCUAUGGUACCUAAUGUCCAGACUAUUUUUGUUGCAGGAUGUUUCGUUUUACGGGUAGAAAUUGAAGAAAAGAGUAGAUCUUGCGACAGAGUUGGUUGUAUAUUAGUAGGUAAAUUAGUAGUUGGGAGAUUUUGAUAGUUUUUAAAAGUUGAGGAUUAAGAUUUUUCAAAACUCUAAAAAAGUCUUCCAAAAAAUAUGAUCAAACGCAACUCCAAUUCCAACUUCAAAUUAUUUUAGUUUUUAUGUCCAAACGCCUACUAAAAACACUUGAUCCGAAGCCAAUCCAAACAGACUCUCGAAUUAUAACCUUAUUGUUAUUGUAUAUGAAGUCGCCUUUGUGAUGGAUUCUCCCUCAGUAUAAGAUUGUCUAAUGCUAUUUAAAUUUAAUCAAACUCUCAUAAAAAUUGAUACAAAUCUGAGUUGUGAUUCUCUGGAUUAUCCAUUAUAUUAAAUAAAAAAAGGAAUUGGAUAUAUAACCUAUAUUUUUUUUAAACAAUACCUAAAAUCCAAAUAAUAAUUGAAUUCCAAGAAUAAAAAAGGGGGAAAAAAUAUAGAAAACCAUUUAGCUUAUCGUUGAUCAGAAAUUGGCGCAUACUGUUUCUCUGUAUUUCUGUUUGUUAUAUCCCAAUUGAAAUCAAAUCACCCAUUAUUUUUGGGGCACAAAAAUCAAAGUGGAAAAUUCUCAAACUGCUCCGACCAUCGAAACUCCUCCAGGGAAUUUAUCAACUAUGAUCCCGGUCUGCCCUUUUGCUGGAGCUUCCAGACCCGAUGAUGCAACUAAUAAACAACAGGAGAGCAAGCUUAAACAAGAGUCUGGAGAAACUGCAACUGUGUCCCCUAAGUGCCCCUUUGGAUAUGGUUCAGCUCUUAAGAAGCCCAGUGACGACCAAAAUAAACAACAGGAUGGCCAGGAGAGCAAGCCUAAACAAGAGUCUGGAGAAUCUGCAACUGUGUCACCUAAGUGUCCCUUUGGAUAUGAUAAGAAGCCUGGUGACAACCAAAAUAAACAACGAGAUGGCCAGGAGAGCAAGCCGAAACAAGAGUCUGAAGAAUCUGCAACUGUGGCACCUAAGUGCCCCUUUGGCUAUGAUUCUCAAGCAUUUAAACUGGGUCCUUUUAGCUGCAUGAUAUGUCAGGCACUUCUUUAUGAUAGCAGCAGAUGUGUGCCUUGUUCACAUGUAUUCUGCAAGGCGUGUCUCUCCCGUUUUAAGGACUGUCCAUUAUGUGGUGCCGAUAUUGAAAAGAUUGAGGCUGACAUGAAUCUUCAGAAUGUUGUUGAUCGCUUUAUUGAAGGGCAUGCAAGGAUUAAGAGGUCUCAAGCUAAUAAUGAGGAAGAAGAUAUUGGGGAGAAGAAAACUGUUAUAUACGAGGACGCGUCUUUGGAACGGGGAGCUUUCCUGGUUCAACAAGCCAUGCGGGCUUUUCGUGCCAAUAAUAUUGAUAGUGCAAAAUCAAGAUUUACUAUGUGUGCGGAUGACAUCCGAGAACAGCUCCAGAGAAUGGGGAAUACAUCGGAGUUGUGCUCACAGCUUGGAGCAGUUCUUGGUAUGCUUGGUGACUGCAGUCGAGCUGCAGGAGAUGCUGUAUCUGCAGUCAAUUACUUUGAAGAGAGUGUCAAUUUCCUUUUGAAAGUGCCCAAAGACGAUCUAGAGAUCACACAUACACUUUCUGUUUCACUGAACAAAAUUGGAGAUCUUAAAUACUAUGAUGGUGAUUUGCAAGCUGCAAGAUCACGUUAUUUUCAGGCGUUGGAUGUUCGCCGCAAUGCCAUCAAGCAACAGUCUGUGCCAUCUCAGAUAGUUGAUGUGGCCAUUUCCUUAGCCAAAGUUGCUGAUAUUGAUCGUAAUCUCGGGGAUGAGGAUGCUGCAGUUGAAGGAUUUCAAGAAGGCAUAAAGUUACUGCAAUCUCUUAAGCUAAAUCCUGAAGAAGUUAGCCUUGAACAACGGCGGUUAUCAGUGCUUGAGUUCCUCAACAGUCAAGUUGAAAAGAAACAAACUUGAUUCAGCUGCCAGAGUGGAGUCUUUUCUGAACAGAGUUAAGAACAAAUAAGAACAAUGUGUGUUGUCGUAUAGUUUGGUGUAAACACUAAAUGCUCGGUUCAGAGGCAACCCAGCGGUACAAAUGCAGUAGAAUAAGUGAUAGAUUUUCUAAGUAAUAUGCCUGUGGCAGGUCAAUAUAGUCCUAUGUUCCAAAAUUUCAGCAUCCUGUGCUGCUGUGCAUGUACCACUUAAUAGUACUUGAAGAAUCUCUAGAAUUUCAACAUCCUUAUAACAAGUUGACAAUAUUAUUGAAGUUACUGGAGGUUUCUGAUAA